AUGCCGUUUUUUCAGUCUGCAAGUGUUUAUUUUAAAGCAAGGGAGCCAAACACGAAGCAGUGUCGAGCUUGUCAGAAGUUCGGAGAUAGUGGUCGACGAAGCUUUCACGUAACAUCAUCAUACUGGAGCAUUUUGUCUGAUCCGGAGAAUAAAGGGCAUCAACAGAGAGGGGUGAAUUUCGAUACACUUGGGUCAUGGAACAACCGUCUCACCUUGCCUAUUCUGGUGGAACAAAGCAUCAAAAAAGGCAAGCUCAUUCCAAAGAUUCCCCUCGAAGAAGUGGGGACAGCAUCUUUGAUCGGUAGACGGAGGAUGAAUGAAGACCGAAUGGUCGUGAAGGAGUUGACCGAGCAACUGAUUUACAUCGGAAUCUUCGAUGGACACUGCACCUCCUUUGCAGCUGACUAUGUGCUGGAGUACCUCGAGCACCACAUAAACUACUGGCUAAGUCGUACCGAUAAGCUGGAGACAGUUCUGUACAAGAGUUUUGUAGAAGUCCAUAAUGUCCUCGCCAGACAUCUCGCAUUUUACUUCAUGAACUCAGAAGUUUUCAUGACAGGGACAACAGCUACAGUAUGCUUGAUACGUGACAGCUCAGAAAUGGUUGUUGGCCAUGUAGGAGAUAGUCGAGCAGUCCUGUGCCGAAAAGGAAGUUCUGUGCGGCUUUCAGUUGAUCAUGAUCCAGAUGACCCAGAUGAGAAUCAGAGAGUUACUAAGAAGGGUGGUCGAAUCAUUCAAAACAGUCAGGGAAUCUCCCAGGUGAAUGGUCGUCUAGGAAUGACUCGAAGCAUUGGGGACACUGAAUUCAAAGGAUAUGGUGUUGUUGCUGAACCAUAUAUUCGAUCUCUGGAGAUCAAACAUGGGUAUGAUGCCUUUCUGGUUCUUGCAACAGAUGGCUUAAGUUUUGUUUUGAGUGACAAUGAGAUGGUGAACAUCAUCAGCAGCUGCCAGACUCCAGAUGAAGCUGCACAUCUCCUUGCAGACCAAGCUUUGCAUUUUGGGUCAGAGGACAAUUGUUCUGUCAUAGUUGUGCCCUUUGGAGCCUGGGGAAAAUACAUUGCAGCUGCAAGUUCAUUGCAAUACAGAUUUGGCCGCAAUUUGUUCAGCAAAAGAGAUUGACUUCUUGCACCAGCUGUGACUGCUGGCUAGACUUUUAACCAGUUUCACUGUAUGCAAUAUUGUUUGAGCAAUGCGUAGAGGUUUAAUAAUUUAAUGUGAUUUAUAUAGCUCAAUUCCCCACACAAAGACAAGCAGAAUGGGCUGUACAAGAUAUAAGGGGCAGUAGGUAAUGGUGACACAUGAGUGAGGAGGGCAUCACAAUCACUAGAAACUAUACUAACUCGUGAGUUAAAUCUGUACACCAGAGAGCAGACAGAGAAAAUGCUUUAACUUCUGCUGACUUUGUGAUUUAAAAAAAUUUGGUUACUCCAAUACAACACUUUGUCAAAAGGUUUAUUUCCUUUUUUGGUUGUUGAUUCGACCUUAUAAUCAAUGUGAAUUUCUCUGAUAAUCUGUUGGCAAUAAAUUGUUAUUCAUGAU